AUGGUGUGGGAGAAGAUCGAGGUCCAAUUUACUUGUUGCCUCAACCAAUUUCUGGAAGAGUACAGCAGCUACCCAGAGUUUAUUAUGCGUAUGAAGAGAGUCUAUUCAGAUGCUGAAGUUUCCAAGUAUUGGUCUGCUACAUUGCUACUUUUACUUCGGCAGGUUCAUUAUUCAGCAUCAAAACGCUCUGGCCCAUAUAUUUUCAUUCUUACCACUAUAGCUUAUCUUAUAACCAGUACAUUGGUUUCUAGGAUUACUAUAAUCCGACAUGUUUUGGAUUAUUGUGACAAAGCCGAAGCCAUAAUCCAAAUUUCUGUAACAGGCUUUUAUAAACCCGGGAAAAAAAAAGAUCGUAUAUAUAAAACUUAA